CUUACUACCGGGCAGGGGAGAUAGAAGGGGGAUGUGUUAUGGAAAUCUACCUGUCUAUCAAUAUGGAUGGGCCAGGAGAUCUUUUUACUCAGGGUAUUUCGCAGGCUGAUGUUAAUAAUACUGGCUGUAUUCGACGGCGUCGGGAGAAGCAGGAAACUGGUGUUUCGAGCUUCUCUUCUCUUCUUCGCACUGCCUGUCUCCCUGAGAUUUUUCGUCCUUUCAGUCGAGCUGAAUAAAACUGUUCGACAAGUCAUACCCAUUUUGAGGGGUAAUUAAUGGGUUGUGGACGGGGAGGGGAUACCAUGACCUUGUUGUGAAAUUCUCUCUGGAGGUGCCGCUAGCCCUUCGUACACACAUUCAUUGCCUCUUCUUGCCUGAUAUGAUGAUGAUGAUGAUGAUGUAUGGGAGAAUGGCAUACCGCCCAUGUAUCGGAGAAUUGUUGGGAUGGAGACCAUAUGGAGCAGCGGCUGGGGCUCUGAUGGCAACUGAUAGUAGGAUGGCGGGAAGACAAAGCCUUCCCAAUCGGGACGUGUUGUGUUGUGUUGUGUUGUUGUUGCUCAGCGCCAGGAGACAACAACCAUCUUAUAUCGAUUCUUCUCCUCUCUUCUCUUGUCCCUUUUCCUUCUUCUUCAUCAUCAUCAUCUAUCAUCAUCGUCAUCAUCUUACCCUUCUCCUUUUCCUCCUCCUUCUUCUUCAUCAUCAUCUAUCAUCUAUCUUCGGCAUCUAGCUGGCCUUCCAUAUCUGCAUUGCUAUAGUCAGCAGCACCUUGAAAAUAUCUCAACUUCCCUUCAGUGCUUGCUUUUUCUCACUCCCAUCAUCGGACUGAUCUUUCCUGUACUCUUAAGAGCCUUUGGACUGCCACAUACACUGGUAAGAAUCAUGUCUGGUGCGGGCAAGCGUCGUCGCCAACGCGACAGGCGAAAUGGUACCACCCAAGAAGACAAUGGGAAUAGUCCCCCCCAGAGCCAUACGCAACUCGACGGGACAUCAGGUCCAGGAAGCACUAGCCAACGUGCUGGCAUGCACUCCCCUCCCGGCUUACCACGCACUGGGAUGAAUUCACCUCCUGGCUCACCACGCGCUGGGUCACCGUCAGCCCGUGGUAGAAGCCCGGCCCCAGGCACCCCAACCUUUGGUAGCAUCGCUCAGAGGAUGGAGACUGGGAAUCUCCCUCUGCGAGACCCUGCUCGUGAUCCAGAAAGGAUUCCGAAAUUGACAGAUAUGUGUCGAAAUGUUGAUCUACCAGCGGAUGCUUAUCAGCUAAACCCAGAAUUCUUCGCUCGAAAGGACCUUGCCAAGCGCGCGGGUUAUAACGCUACUGGCAAAGAGAUUGCCGUAGCUGUAAAUUCGUACGCCAUCACCCAGUUCCCCACCAAGCCCGUGUAUCAGUACGAUGUACACAUCGGUAAUGGCUCCGAAAAACGCGCCGUAGUACAGAAGGUGUGGCAGUCGAAAACAAGACUGGCCAAAACUGGAAAAAAGUUUAUCUUCGAUGGGAAUAAAUUGGCGUGGUCGCUUGACCGACUGCCUAAUGACGUUAACGUCAUGGUUGACCUAGACGCCGAGCAGGGCAGAUCUGGAUCAAAAGACCCAAAUAUAUUUCGCUUGGUGGUUCGCCACACGAAGAAGGUUAACCUCGCAGUAAUUGAGGAGUAUCUUCGCGGCAAUGGAAGCAUCUCCAAGGAAGUAUUGGAAGGGCUGAGCUUCCUCGACCAUGUGUUGAGAGAGACCCCCAGCGAAAAAUUCAUUCCGAUUAAGCGCUCCUUCUUUAGUGAAAAAAACCCAAAGGCGUCCGUUGGAGGCGGGGUAUUUGCAUACAAAGGCAUCUACCAGGCCAUUCGUGCGGUCAACCCUGGUCGGUUGGCCCUAAACGUCGAUGUUUCCAAUUCCUGUUUUUGGGCUCUUAUCUCUCUCCUGAGUGCGGCGAUCGAGGCCCUGGAACUUCGCGAUGUCCAGCAACUUAUGAGCUGGACCAAGCCGGUUGACGAUGGCCAUGGCGGUCGUGCUCCAUCCGCCAAAUUCCAUCAGCUAAGCCGCUUUCACAAAUUAACUGUGAAGGCCUCGUAUAAGGGUUGUCCUUGCCCGGAGAGGGAAUGGACGAUCAAAGGAUUCCUUCCGGUCAAUGCGAAGGAAUACACGAUCGAUAUGCCUGACAGGGCGACUGGUCAAGUUCGCACUAUCAGUAUCUAUGACUACUUCCGCUCUAGGUACAAUGUUGUUCUCAGCUACUGGGAACUUCCUCUCGUGAAAAUGACCAAAAAGGGAGUGGUGUAUCCCAUGGAAUUUCUGGCAAUCCAUCGUCCGCAGAGAUUUCCUUUUAAGCUUAAUGAGCUCCAGACAGCAUCAAUGAUCAAAUUUGCUGUCACACGUCCAAGCGAACGCCGCAAAGCAGUUGAAGAGUCGAAAUUGAAUCUUGCCCACGCCACAGACCCUGUGCUUAAUGCCUUCGGCUUAAAGAUUUCUGAGUCCAUGACGACCACAAAGGCCCGCCUACUCCCUAACCCAGAGAUCAUUUUUGGAGGUAAUCAACGUGUGAAUCCAGGUACUGCAGGCCGAUGGGAUCUUCGUGGGAAGAAGUUUUACUCCAAAAACUCAAAGCCACUGACUUCUUGGGGCGUCGGUGUGUUCAGGAGUCGCCAUGUCAACCAGGCAGAUGUGGAAAGGUUUGUUGAUGCAUUUGUGCGUGCAUACCAAGGCCACGGUGGAGUUGUUGCCAGCACUCGACCAUUUAUUGGUGAGGUAGAAGCAGAUCCUGCAAAAGCAGCAUACAACCUGUUUCAUUCUACUGGAAACAAGUUUAAUCAGCGGCCCCAGCUGCUUAUUUUCAUAGUGAUGGAUAAAAAUGCAUUCCAUUACACCAGGAUCAAGAAAUCUUGUGACUGUCGCUUCGGUGUUGUUUCCCAGGUUUUGCAGGCUUCCCAAGUUGCAAAGUGCAACGGCCAAUACAUUUCAAAUGUUUUAAUGAAAGUCAAUGCGAAGCUCGGAGGGACCACUGCGAGGAUUGCCUCAAAAAUUACCAAAGGCCUAGCUCCUUUCAGCAUGAUUAUCGGAGCCGAUAUCUCUCAUUCCGCCCCGGGAAGCUUUGCCCCAUCGAUGGCCGCUAUGACUGUAUCUAUGGAUCAAUUUGGUGGUCGGUAUACCGGAGCUUGUGAAACAAAUGGUGAUCGUGUGGAGAUGAUAAGCCAAGCUAAUAUCAAAUCCAUGCUUACCCCACUCAUCCGCGAAUGGUCUGCAACAGUGGGCCAAGGUAGAAUCCCUCAGAAUAUCUACUACUUCCGCGAUGGAGUGUCAGAGGGCGAGUUCCAGCAAGUUUUGCAACAGGAGAUACCCUUUGUUAGAGCUUUGCUAAAUGAAUUCAAUAAGGGUGUCGAAUGGGGCGGAAGGAUCACUGUGGUAGUCGCCUCAAAACGCCAUCAUAUUCGCGCCUUUCCUCAACCAGGGGACCGCAAUGCAGCGGAUAAGAAUGGAAAUGUAUUGCCAGGCACUCUGGUUGAGAGGGACGUUACUAGUGCCCAUGGAUGGGAUUUCUUUUUGUGGUCGCAUAUCGCUUUGCAAGGCACAUCCCGCCCCGUCCAUUAUCAUGUGCUGGUUGAUGAAAUGAACCACGCGCCCAAAGACUUGCAGAACAUGAUUUAUGAGCAUUGUUACCAAUACAUGCGAUCGACCACUUCAGUGUCACUUUUUCCCGCCGUGUAUUAUGCCCAUUUGGUCUCCAACCGGGCUCGUGCGCAUGAAAAUAUUCCCGCGAGCUCCGGUCCCCGCUCUGGGCCUCAGGUCAAACAGGGCCAAGCCCCAACUUCAGCGGAGCCCCCGAAGUCUGAAGGAAGGCAGCUGCUUCCGAUCGGUGAGGGUGAUCGCUUAGCGUUGAAGAUGUGGUAUAUCUGAACAGCGGUUGUCGCUGUGUUUCACGAUGGAGAUGGAUUUAUAACGGGGAUCGUUGAAUUUUAGGACCGGGGGGGAGAGAACCUUGAUUUUGCCUUGACUGGGGAAAGAGUCCUUACAGUGCGAACAAGCAGAGGUAGGGGAGGCACGAAGGCAGGGCUGGUUGUGUCUUUGUCAGAAAAAUUAAAACAGAAACAAGGAAUCAUCGGGCCUAGCGACGUUGCUUCUGCCAGAAUCUGAAUGGUUGUUUUAGAUAAUUACGACUCUGGUAUCCCUAUUGUGGGUAGAUAUUUUCCAUUAUCGGUAGCAGAAAUUUAAAUCGGUUGCUCCCCGUCUUUUUUGAUCUUUUCAUGUUACUUUUAGGGAGUAGUUCUACUGGAACCUUUCUUGCACAUCGCCAGCUACUGAAAACGUUUUGAAAAAAGGAAAAAAAAAGGUCGAGUGAAUCAUAUUCUGCUUUACAGGAUGUUAAACGAUUUCUAUGUAAUUUUCUUCUGCCGGCUCCAUGAGUAUGAACUUCGCUCCAACUCCCCACUCGCUCGUUCCCGGACUACAACACAACACACACACACGCACACAUAUACAGUAUAAAUCGAUGUGGCGCCAACAGGCGGGGGGAAGAGGGGGGAAGAGGAGGGAAGAGGAGGGAAGAGGAGGGAAGAGGAGGGAGGAAGAGGAGAAAGGAGGGCAAUCCACGUGGUUUAUAUUCAAGUUGUUUUCUCUCCUGCCUCACUUCCACCUUCUACCGCUGCUGGGAUAACUGGAGUCAGGGGCGUUGAGUCAAUGUCAGCGGUAGCGUCAGCGGCAGUGUCAGCACCGGCUGGCAUAUUGCUUUCAUCUGCUGAAGCGGCGGACACGGAUGCGGGUGCAGGUGCGGGUGAAGGCUUGGGUCCCGGUUUGGGGGUCGGAUCGUAUAUUUCGGAGAGAUUGUAUCUUUUCAGCUCGUCGUAGUCGGGACCGACGACGCUCAUGCCGCAUAUGUUCUGUUUUUUUUGGGUUGGGGUGGUGAGGUUAGGGUUAUG